UUGCUAAGAGACCACUGCCAACAACAAAUUCAAGCAGAAACAUGUCGACUAGCUUCUCUGCAAACCAGUAUGAACGUGCUUUUAAGUCGCAAAAGCUUCAGAACUGGACCAUCCCAAAACAGUUUAAAGAGAGACCAUCGGCAGCAGAGGGCUACACUACAUUUAUAGCUACAGAUCGUGGCCACCUUCUACCUGGUUUGAAAACAAAGGUUGGCAUUCAUUUUUGCCGUGGAAGUGCAUGGCCAUCAUUUCAGGGCACGUGGGAUUUACCACGCCAUAUUCCCCCUGUUUAUAUAAACCCCACUGCCCGCUCACAAGAGGGCCAGGAUCGACUCAGGAGGACCUGGGGAAAGACUAAAUCCAUCACAAGUCAGGCUCCUGAGGACCUUGGUGGGAGCCGAGCCUCUCAAAAUGAGGAAAAUACAAAUGUGAUCCAGCAUGCUGAAGAGUCAAAAAUUAUUCAAAGCAACUCAGACCAAGAAAUACCAGAGAUGCACACAGAGCAACCAAGGCCUAACUCACAGGACAACCAACCCCAUUCUAGACCAACAAGCCAGUCUGGUCAACAAGUCCGGCCUGAAGAGGUAAACCUAGCCUGCUCCAGACCGGCCAGUCGGCACAGCCAAGUUUAGACUAACAAA